UCAGCUUCGUUUGACGUUAGCUUACGCAUAGGGUUGGGGGUUGGCUGACUCUGGAUCGGCUGAAUGUAGAGAUCGAAUAACCUCCGCGGUUUCAGAUUUCUGUUCGUGCGGUAUCAUUCGUAGCGUUUGUAUUUUCUGGACGUUGGUUAGAACUAGGUGGUUUCAACAUCAGGCGUGGGUGUUUUUCAGCUACGCGUCGUGGAUAACUGUAGCUAAAGUUCACAGCUUGUAGUUGGUAAACUGCGGUUGAUAGCUAGCUAGCUGAGUUAGCUUAAUAAACGCAAGGUGUAGGUAGCUAGCUAGCUCUGGCCUCACACUAGCCGGUAAAAGCUAAUGUUACCUAUUUCGCUAGUUGUUGCUCCUGGCUUGGUACUGACCAGCUAACCAGACAGCUAGCUAGCUAAUGUCACCCAGUUACUACUAGCCAUAUAUCCCUCUUCUGUUUAAUCAGACUGUUCUCGCUACGCCUGCAUUUGGUUUGUUUUAUACUAACGUUAACGCAUCUGACCCAGCUCUGUUUGUGCAAUGGCAGCGUGGGUGAAGGCACCUGGCAGUAGACGACCCCAACCGAUGCCCAACGGAGGAAAUGUAAAGCAGUACAGGCCGUUCCGACGAGCCCCGUACCCGCUGAGAGAGGACCGAAACGAAGUCCAGGACGAAUCGCAAAGCUUCGACGAGACGCUGGAUCAGCAGCGUGACUAUGCCGGCGCGCCGGACUACGAGAGGUACCAGCAUUUGCAGAAAGGUGCGUCCAAGGCCUUCGCCCCUGCGGACAAACGCAACGCGCUCUACCAGCGCUUCUACGCACUGGUGCAAGAGGACUACGACAAGAGGCCCGCAGACUGCGUUCUCCUGUCUGUGAGCACCCAGAACAUGGAUUACGCAAAAACGAUAGGCCACUGUUUGCAGGAGCGCGGCCUCGCGGUGGAAAUGAUUUACCUGCAGGCGGAGUCUGGCCUGACGCGGGCCCUGCAGGACGUCCGGGCCCACGGCUCCCCCUUAUGUAUUCUCGUGGAGCAGACUAACGUAGCUCUCUCCUCGUGCACUGUAAUCAUAUUUUCAGAGUCACUCAAAAUUCAUCGCAACAUGCCAAAGGAGCAGGCUAUGGACUUUGUGAUGGCGGAAUUUGGGCGGGUGCAGGCGGAGCGGGAGGAGAAGGAGCCGGGCGAGAUGGCGGCCAAGGCGGCGCAGAUGGCGGACGAUUACCUGGAGCGGGAGAAGCGGGAGCGGCACGGCGUGCCCUUGGCCACCCGCCACCUGCUGCACAUGCUGGCCGAGGGCCUCGCCCUCUACCCGGAGGAGCUGGGCACGCUCGCCGAGUACGUGCGCUCCCGCCAGGACCAGCUGCAAGACCCUGCCCCUGAGGGUGAGGAAGGCUCAUACCCAGUGAGGAGGAAGAUCCUGCCCAGCGGCCUGGGCAAACCGCCGCCCCUGCUGCCCACGCCAUCUGGCCCCCACGUCAGGGAGCACCCCCCACAUCCUCCCAACACCAGCGAGCACCCCUCUGCUCCCCUACUCCCCACUCCAGGCUCUUACCCGAAGACCAAGCCUCCCCCUCUGCUGUCCAUGCACGGUCGCCCAGGGCCCCCGCCCCAUGGGCCGCCGCGCGGGCCCCCGCCGCACGGCCACGCCCCACGGGGACCGCCGCCCCAUCACGGCCCGCCCCCUCCGCGAGGCCCCGCCCCCAUCCACGGCCCGCUCCCCCCCCCUCGCGGGCCCCCGCCCGUUCGCGGGCUGCCCCCCCAUGGAGCACCGCCCUCUUUGAAGAGCCUCCAGAUGGGAGACCAGCCAGGCCUACUGCCACGCCCAGGGGGGCCCCCGCGUCCCAGCCUGCCCAGGCACUGAGCCCCCCCCACCGAGCCCCCCACCCCCGCUUCCCCUAACUCUCUUCGCAGCGCAGCGAAAGACACCCGUUCCCCCCAGCAGAGCCCUGCUGCAGCCCCCCUGCCUGGGCUCACCCCUGCCACUCUGCUCCUGAACCCAGACUCAGGAGCAACACAGCCCCCAUUCCUGUGUCUCUGCGACAUUGCGAGGGUGCGAACAGGAGACCUGUUUACAUACCUUUGGGGGGGAAUUCCAGGCCCCGCCCCCGCCACAGCUCUGUGCCCCGCCCCCGCCACAGCUCUGUGCCCCCCA